AGAGAGUUGUGCAGCAGUCUGUGUGUGAGAGAGAGUUGUGCAGCGGUCUGUGUGUGCGAGAGAGUUGUGCAAGUCAGGGCAGAGAGAGUGACUCCCAUGCACGCCUGGCUGGGAGAGUUCCCUUUAGGCAGUCACAGGGUGAGCAGCGAGAGGGCUGGAUAGGAGACACUGGGUGUGUUCUGCGCUCUCAGCUAAACCGUCCCCACUGGACCAACUGGCAGUCACACACAGCUGGCUCACCCAGUAGGACUGUCUGGGGCCCCCGAGCAACAAGCCCCCCACGGCUAGGGAGUGCAGCUGCUACUCAGGGAAGGCAGUCGGGGUGUUUGGGAGAGACAGCACCGCUGUCUGAGACAGUCUGCCUGCCACCAUCAGCGCUCGCCUGGAGAAUGGGAACAAAUGGCACCUUUAACAGCUAUGAAGACGGGCUGCAAGAUGACGAGGAUUUGAGGGUUCUUCUGAAAGGCAGCAAUCUGUUCAAGUUAAAGUCAGAAUCAUGGAAAAAAGCAAGGUUUUACAAACUGCAAGAAGACUGCAAGACGGUUUGGUAUGAUUCCAAAAAGUUUUUCAAGUCCCAGGAAUCACAGGCAUUCUCGGUUGAUGACAUUGAAGAUGUUCGGACGGGGCACCAGACGGAGGAGAUGCAGAGAUUCGCUGCCGGGACGCCGCCCGACCUCUGCUUCUCCAUCAUCUUUAAGGGCCAACGCAAGAACCUCAACCUGAUAGCCACCGACGAGAAGGAGGCGGCCCAUUGGGUCUCCGGCUUCAAUAAGAUCCUGGCCACCUCCAAGGCCAUGAACCAGACUCAGAAGGUGCAACACUGGAUCCACUCGUGCCUGAGGAAGGCGGAUAAGGACAAGGAUAACAGGAUGACCCUGAAGGAACUCAAGGGCUUCUUGCAAGAAGUGAAUAUCGAGACGGACGAGAGCUACGCCAAGCAGAUCUUCCAGCACUGUGACAAGUCCCAGUCGGGGACCCUGGAGGGGGAGGAGAUCGAGGAAUUCUACAAGAUCCUGACCGAGCGGGAAGAGAUCGAUGUCAUAUUCGCCACCUACGCCGACGGCGGCAACUUCAUGUCGAGUGACAACCUGAUCCGGUUCCUCCAGCAGGAACAGCGGGAAAGCGCCGGCGCCGAGUAUGCCAAGUCCCUCAUCGACAAGUACGAGCCCAGCGAGCAGGCCAAGAAGCAAGAGGCAAUGACCAAGGACGGGUUCCUUAUUUACCUGCUGUCGGACGAUGGGAAUCUCUUUAACGCCGCGCACCGGAAGGUCUAUCAGGACAUGAAGCAGCCCCUCAGCCAUUACUUUAUCUCCUCCUCCCACAAUACCUACCUGAUGGAAGACCAACUGGCAGGCCCAAGCAGUACGGAGGCCUACAUUAGGGCGCUGUCGAAGGGCUGUCGCUGCGUAGAACUGGACUGCUGGGACGGCCCUAACUCAGAGCCCAUUAUCUAUCACGGUUACACCCUCACGUCCAAGAUCCUCUUCAAAGAUGUCAUAGCAGCCAUUAAGAAGUAUGCCUUCAAAACUUCUCCUUACCCUGUGAUCCUCUCGCUGGAGAACCACUGCACCCUGGAACAGCAAAUCAAAAUGGCCAACCAUAUGAAAAGCAUUCUGGGAGAUAUGCUCCUGCUGGCGCCGCUCGAGGGGAAGCUGAAGGAGUUCCCAUCCCCAGAGGAGCUGAAGGGUAAAAUCCUGGUGAAGGGGAAGAAGCUGAAUAAACUGGAGGAGAGUGUGAGGCGGCAGAGCGGCAAUGGGGGGGCGGAGGCCGAGGAUGUGUCCGAUGAGGACGAGGCGGCGGAAAUGGCGGAUGAAGCUGUCAGAUCCAAAGUGCAGGAGGCCAAGAGGAAGGCCAAGCUGAAACUGGCCAAGGAGCUGUCGGACACGGUCGUGUACUGUAAGAGCGUGCACUUCGGGGGCUUCGACUACGCGCUGGAGCACCAGUCCUUCUACGAGAUGUCGUCCCUCGCCGAGGACAAAGCCCUGAAGUUGGCCAAUGACUCAGGAAACAAAUUCAUCAAGCACAACACAAGGCAGCUGACCCGGAUCUACCCCGACGGCUUUAGGACCGACUCGUCCAACUACGGCCCAGUGGAAUUGUGGAACGUGGGCUGCCAGAUCGUGGCUUUAAAUUUCCAGACCCCCUGCCCAGAGAUGGACUUGUAUCAGGGCCGCUUCCAGGACAACGGGGCCUGCGGUUACGUCCUUAAGCCCCAGUUCCUCAGGCAGUCGGACUCCAGGUUCAAUCCCAGGUCCAUCCAAGAUGGAGAAUGGUGGACCCCAAAGAAGCUGCAUAUUAUGGUGAUCUCUGGGCAGCAGUUACCGAAGGUGAACAAGAAGCCGAGCUCCAUCGUGGAUCCGGUGAUCAGAAUGGAGAUACACGGGGUGGAACGGGAUAAGGGCCACAAACACACGCAGGUCAUGAAGAAUAACGGGUUCAACCCAACGUGGAACGAGAACUUUGAGUUUGAAAUUGACGUCCCGGCGCUCGCUGUGCUGCGCGUUGUGGUGGAAGACCAUGACGCAGCGACGCGCAACGACUUCAUUGGCCAGUUUACGGUGCCUCUGACCAGUCUGAAACUGGGUUACCGCCACAUCCACCUGCUGUCCAAGAGCGGCGACCAAUACCCCUCGGCCACGCUGUUUGUGCACGCCAUGCUGGUCGAGCCGAGCAAAUCCUGAAAUCAUUCCCAGCAUUUUAUAAUUCCAUUUUAAUUUUUUUUUACAUUUUAUUUUUUUAUGACCAUUUUAGUUGAUAGCCGGAAUGUCAUCCUUUCUGUUUUAUUCUGCUUUUAUGUAUUUUUAUUCUUGAAUUUACCUUUGUAAAGCCAGAAAGGUGGGUAAAGCCGCCAACCUGCCCCCUAGGCCUCAGUAGAAUAAGGACAAGGAGUCCGACCUGCAGUUUUCUGGCUGUUGAACUACAGCUGACGCCAUUGGACGCCUGAAGGGGCUGCUGGGAAUUGUAGUUCAACAGCAUGAAGACUGCUGGUUAUACAUCUCUGUGCCUGUUACACGUCAUUGUUGCUCUUAGUGAAGUGAAGGGGUUAAUGCUCACUAGAAUUGCGCGUAGGUGCAGCUUCUGUUGCAACCAAUCAGCUCUUAGUGUUCAACUAUAAAGUGCUGUUAGGGAAAUGAGAGCUAAUACGUGAUUGGAUGCACCAGGAUCUGUGUUUUAUCGCCAUGUAAUUGUCCAUUAAGUGCCCCAGGCUGUGCCGCUUGUGCCAAAGCAAAUGCCUCCCCCUUAGGGCAAUAUAACCAAUAGGAAACAGGUAGAAGAGGGAGCCAUCUUUAGAAGGAAAAUAUAUUUCAUUGUAGCACAUUGUGCCCUUCAAGCCUAUAUUUGCCCUUUCUACCCCUCUAGAAUAUGUACCCACGUGCCUUUGCCAUUUGGUGCCUGAGCCGCGUAUACCGACCGAAAAAUUGCUCUUAAAGGGAAAGUAGACCUCCAAAACAAAUUAAUGGAAACAUUUUCUCUAACUUUUUGCUAGUUUUCAAGAUAUUAGCAGUUUGUUACACUACUUAUGUGAUACAUUUGAAACCCGCAGCACCACCUGCUGUCCACUGGGACUGACUGCCUGGGCAUCGUCUGUAAUAAUGCAAGUUCCCAUAAUCCUCCAGUGAGCGGAGGGGUUAAACUGCCUGGUUAUACCCACAUAGGGGCAAUAAAGACCCUAGCCUACAACACUAAUGGGGUUAUGUAAUAAAAGGCACUAUGUUUGCCCAGGAGCAGUAACCCGUAGCAACCAAUCAGCAGGCAGCAUUUACUGGUCAUCUGUUUAACAACAAAAAUCUUAUUGGUUGCUAUGGGUUACUGCUCCUGGGCAAACAUAGUGCCUUUUAAUACAUAUGGGGGUAAGAAUAUAGAUAUAGGUGUCCGUCAAACACUGGUAAUGUUCCUGGAAUAGACUUACUUUGCACAUAGAAAUUCUCUUUGCCCCGUGGGGCCCAGUACCAAUAGGGGCCCAGUACCAAUAGGGGCCCAGUACCAAUAGGGGCCCUUGUGAUUUAGUGGGCAGUCAGUACCCCAGUAAUGAUGGGGCCUAUAGCGUAUUGAUUGGCCGAGUAAUUGGGACACUCGUUCUCCUUUAGUGUAUUAGGUGGGGGUGCUCAGACCUGGUGCUGUUAUUGGGCCACAGGGGCCCGUGCUGUUAUAUUGGCCAGUUUGGCCGAUCGGCGAGUGGGAGGGACCUGCAGUACUGUCGCUUCUGAUUUGCCGAACCCAAAACACUCCCCCCCAAUAGAUCUCAGUCUGUCAGUGGCCCCUGGCUGGGGGUUUCAUUUGCCCAGAUGCUCAGGAAUAUUAUUGGCCGCCCCGGCCGAUGUGCAACG